CAAACUUGUGAUGAGAAACCCGAGCGAUCGGCGAAGGCGCAAACGAAGAAGACGGAUAAGCAGCACAAAGGCGACCAGAAACAGGAUGAACCAGAUAGCCGAAGUCUAUUUGAUACCAAAUACCUUGCCGAGGUGUACCAAGACUUCUACCGCGAGCUGGCAAACGCCUACGCCGGGUUUAUAAAUGGCUUUAAAAAGUACAAGUGA